CCGCGUCACUGCGGGCUGAACUGUCAUGGCGUAUUCAAAUGUUUUUAGCGAACUUAAUUAAUUGCAACAAAUGAAAUUUCGAGCUAAGGCUCCCUGAAAUUAUAAUCGAUACAGUGAGUUGGUAUUUUGCGGAACCAUACCGCCAUCAUCAUCCCUUCAUUUUUAUUCUACUGUCAAAUUGACAUACAGGACUAGGGCGGUCCCAAAACAGAUGGGUUGUGGCGUGUCAAGGGCGGUUGUUUUCUGCGAGCUCUCAGUGGAAUGCGAUUAUUAGCAUCAAUAAAACCAUCGACCGGUGACUAAUGACUCGGGUAAGGUCGUCAAGUAAUUUUGUGUUGAUUGUUUACAGAAUUUUCGUCUGUAAGUCAAGUUCCCGCUACAGUAACAUAAGAAUGUGAACUAGACGACCCAUUGUGGAUAGAUUCAUAAAUAAAGUGCUUAAGAAUACUUUCCGGCGUACUCCAUUGACAGGGACAAAUGGAAUAUUGCCGCUGAACAGAUGCCUAUGGUGACAUUGCAGGCUUAAAUUUUCAUUUUGUUGGAUUGCUGGCGUUAAAAUUUGCAUCGAGUGCUCAUCAUUCAUUUUGGCAAAAGCUUCUGCACGCCAAAAAUUUCCUUUUGAUUCUUUCAAGGCGAGAUGGGCCACGACCAAAUUGAUUUGAUCGAGGCUUAUUUUGCAGCACUGAACCCUAUCGCACGCAAGAUCCACAACGACAUUAGCUCAACUAAGUCAACAUACGAUCAUCUUUGGAAUGAACUCAAGACUCACGAACAGUGUGACCUUAUCAAUGAAGCUUUAAUUAAACCGGAGAUCACUUUGCGCUAUUUCAACAGCUUCUCAACAUCAAUUUCGGCUGCUUCAACAACUUCGUCAGCUAUUUUAAACGAAGAAAAUGAUGGUCAUGAUGAUCUUCAGCGCUUAUUGGACUCCGAAAAGGUGAAAGGCACCGCCAACAAUGUUUUCUCAUUCGAUGGAAAGAAUCUCAAAUUAUUCAACCACCAAAAGACUGGCCAGAAGCUCAUUCAUGACGAUGUGAUAGGGUUAUUUCGAGAUGAACAUUCGGCGCCGUUCAGUUUUAAAACCAAAAGUCAGUUAAAUUUGAAUCUGUUCAAUAGUCCAUCAGACGACGAGAGCAUGGGAGCAACUGCGGCAUUUAAGUCACUAAUGAAUCACCAGAAGAAAGUAUCUCCAAAAGUAGGCGUGGAAGUCAAUCCGGCUGGUCCGCGAUUAUCACCUGUAACGGUCAAAAGUUCCCAUAACGAAUAUGAAGAAAUGUCCGCUGCUAACUCAAAUUUGAUAUUGUCGGCUAAGAACUUCAAAAAAUUUACCCUCGAAGACAGCGAUGACUGUAAAUCGGUCGGUUUCUUUCGAAAUUUCAUUUGUAAAGAUAAUUUAGUUUUUAAUGCGAUUGUUGAAAAUAAUUCCCGUGAAAAUAUUGAACAGGGCGGUAAGGAUGGUAAGAAUACCACUAAUAGGGAUAGCUAUGAGAGUAAAGCCUCAAUGGCAGGCGAUCCAAAUAUUGCACAAGAAGACUCAUCCAAUUCACUACUAUCUGAAGAGGAUGAUGAUAAACAUGUGUAUGAGGAAUCCAGGCUUUUACUGGAUACAUCAGGUUAUGAUUUGCGUAAGGGUUUUGAGUUUUUAAGUAAUUGGUAAGCUAUUCGAAUUAAAACGGAAAUAUUUGUACUUGAAUGUGUAUAAGAAAUAAAAUGGAAAAUAUACAUUUUCUUAGGCGACAUUUUGCCUACGGAUAGACCAA